ACAGACCCGACCUUCUUUCGAUCGCUUUCAAACUCAGCUAACGGGACAGGUCAGCUCUGCACAGGGGAAGCGGCGUCUCCUCGGAUCUGAUGAGCAGCGGGACUGAGCUGAAGCAGCCUCAGUGACCACACCCACUCUCCGCAGUUUUCGGGCGUGUUGCUGUGUUAAGUUUUCAGGCUUCAGAAACAAACAGCGGGCUGGUUGCGGUUUUGUUUUGAAACGAAAUGACAGUUUGCAGUAUGCAAACGCAUUAACAAGUGUUGUCUUAACUGUGUAUUUCAAUUUAUUGAAUGCAAAACAUUUCCUUAGGUGUAAAUAAAUAAAUAACGACCGGAAAGAUGAACCGAGGAGCAGGGGUAGAUGCUGCGGGUGAGUCGAAAGAGACCGGAGGUACCGAUGCCAACCCAGGCGGCGGAACAGAAGCAGGUACCGGGGAGCCGGAUUCAGUUCCCCCCGGUACCGACGCUUCAGGACUAGAUGUCGUGUCCAUGCUUUGGACUUUUGGGAAGUGUUUGGGGUCGCUUUUGCCCGUGUAUCUGGCUGGGUAUUUGGGGCUUGGCAUCGGCGUCGUGGUUUUCGGGCUAAUGCUGUACAUGGGAUGGAAGUUUGUUCGGGAAGGCAAAGAGAACCGGCUGCGGUCCGCCAUGUACUUUCUGGAGAAUGAAGAAGACGUCACUACCGGCAGGAUUUUCAGGAGCAAACGGGACCUACCCGCCUGGGUAAACUUCCCUGAUGUGGAGAGAGUGGAAUGGCUGAACAAGAUUCUGCAGCAGGCCUGGCCCUUCGUAGGGCAGUAUCUGGAGAAGCUGCUGGUGGAGUCGAUCGCUCCCACUAUCCGGGACUCCAACCCACACCUGCAGACCUUCACAUUCACCAAGGUCAACCUAGGAGACAAGGCUCUCAGAGUGAUUGGGAUGAAGGCUCACACUGAAAUGGACAAAAGGCAGGUUCUGCUGGACUUGUAUGUCAGCUAUGUCGGGGAUGUUGAAAUCAACGUGGAGAUAAAGAAGUAUUUCUGCAAAGCCGGAGUGAAGGGUAUCCAGCUGCACGGAAUGCUGCGUGUCAUUCUGGAGCCCCUGAUUGGGGACGUACCACUAGUGGGCGCCAUCACGAUGUUCUUCAUUCAACGACCUAGGCUGGAUAUCAACUGGACCGGCAUCACAAACCUGCUGGACAUCCCCGGGCUCAACGCCUUCUCCGACACGAUGAUCAUGGAUACCAUCUCUUCUUUCCUGGUGCUGCCCAACCGGCUCACAGUGCCCCUGGUGGCGGACCUCCACGUUGCACAGCUCCGCUCUCCACUGCCCCGGGGUGUCGUCCGGAUCCACCUGAAGGAAGCUCAGAACCUCCUCUCCACGGACACCUUGCUGGGGGGGGCGAUCAAGGGCAAGUCCGACCCAUACGUGAUCCUGAGGGUGGGCACCCAAACCUUCACCAGCAAGACUGUGGACGACAACCUGAACCCCAAGUGGAACGAGAUGUACGAGGUCAUUGUCCAUGAGGUCCCGGGGCAGGAGCUGGAGUUGGAGGUGUUUGAUAAAGACCCCGACCAGGAUGAUUUCCUGGGCAGACUGAAGAUGGACCUGGGGUGUGUCAAAAAGGCACGAGUCCUUGAUCAGUGGAUGCCGCUCAAGGACGUGGAGAAGGGGAGAGUUCACCUGCGCCUAGAGUGGCUUUCUCUGCUCUCUACCACCUCCAACCUGGAGCAGGUGCUUCAGCAGAACAGUAUCCUCAGCACCAAGAUCAGCGAGCCGCCCUCGGCAGCCAUCCUGGCUGUGUACCUGGACCGAGCACAGGAGCUUCCUAUGAAGAAGGGGAACAAGGACCCCAGCCCCGUGGUGCUGCUGUCAGUGCAGGACACGACCAGGGAGAGCCGGACCUGCUAUGGCACCAAUAACCCCGUGUGGGAGGAUGCCUUCCACUUCUUCAUCCAGAACCCCCAUACCCAGGACCUGGACAUCCAGGUGAAGGACGACUCCCGGCAGCUCUCCCUGGGCUCGCUGUCCCUGCCCCUGGGCCGCCUGCUCAACAGCCAGGACCUCACACUGGACCAGUGGUUCCAGCUGGAAAACUCCGGGCUGGCCAGCCGCAUCUACAUGAAGGCUGUGCUGAGGAUCUUGUUCCUGGACGGUGUCCCCCCCAAGUCUCCCCUGAACUCCUCUCUCUCAGUGCCGCUCCCACAGGGGGGAGAGGGAGUGGUGACAGAGGAGAGAGCUCCCGAGGGGACCAGCGUAGACCCGCCUCCCCGCGUGCCCCGCCCUGAAUACAGCUCUGCGGAUGACAGCUUCGCUACAGAGGGGGUGCUGCAUAUCCACCUGCUGGAAGCUCAGAACCUCAUUGCCAAGGAUAACUUCUUAAAGGGGAUGGUUAAAGGGAAGAGCGACCCGUACGUGGUGACCCGGGCCGGUGGUGUGACUUUCCGUAGUCAUGUGAUCAAGGAGAACCUCAACCCUCGCUGGAGUGAGCUGUACGAGGUGAUCAUGACAGAGGUGCAGGGACAGGAAGUGGAGUUUGAGCUGUUUGACAAGGAUGUGGAUGCGGAUGACUUCCUGGGGAGGUUAAAGAUUGGCCUGAGAGAGAUCAUUACCAACCAGUACACUGAUGAGUGGUUCACCCUGUCUGAUGUGAAGUCCGGUCAAAUUCACCUGAUUCUGGAGUGGCUGCCAAGAGUGGCUGACCCUAGCAAUCUACAGCAGGUCCUGCACACAAACAUGCUGGUUUCCUACCAGAACAAAGUCCAUCCCUCUGCUGCCAUUCUGUCUGUCUAUGUGGACCGUGCUCAUGCACUUCCUUUGAAGAAAAACCUGAAAGAGCCCAAGGCAGGAGCAGAGCUGUCUCUGGGAGGGGUAGUUCACAGAACCAAGGUGUGUGAGAUCUCUACUGCCCCCGUGUGGGAGGAGGCCUUCACUUUCCUGGUCAAGAACCCCUACGAGGACAUGCUGCUGGUCAAGCUCUCUCACUCCUGGGGUCUGCCUCUGGGCUCCCUGGUCGUCUCAAUGAAGGAGGUUCUGGCCGGAACGGACCUCACUGUUGACCGCUGGUUCCAGCUGGACGGAGCCGGACCCGAGAGUCAAGUCCUGCUGCGCGCCACACUCCGGAUUCUGGUGCCCAAGUCAACAGAUUGCUCAGUGCGAGAGGGGGUACCUGAAUUUAGGACAGCACUAGUUGCAGACAGCACCACCCCUGGAGAGAGCAUGGAACUGCUGGAGGAGCCCACCCCCGUCAAUAUCUCUAGCAAGGAGGAGUCUGGGACCAGUCAAGACCUGAGGCACAGACAGGUGUCUGCACAGAGUGCGAGUGAGCAGGUGGCAUCCCCUCUGGGUCAGGUGCGAUUAACCCUUUACUACCAGUCCCAGGAGAAGAGGCUGCUGGUGACGGUGCACUCCUGCAGGAAGCUGAAGGCCUGCUCGAAAGAUGGCUCCGACCCCUACGUGUCUCUGAUCCUGCUGCCGGACAAGAACCGACUGACCAAGAGGAAGACUGCGGUCAAGAAGAGGUCCCUGAACCCAGACUACAAUGACAAGUUUGAGUUCGACAUGGGGCUGGAGGAGGUUCAGAAGAGGAGGCUGGAGGUCUCUGUAAAGAACAGCGUCUCCUUCAUGUCACGAGAGAGGGAGCUCAUCGGGAAGGUCCUGAUUGACCUGUCGCAGGUUGAUUUGGUCUCUGGGGUCGGUAAAUGGUAUGAUCUGCAGGAAGAAGCCGCAUAACAGCCUUAGAAGUAUUCAGAAAACCACCCGUCCCAACCUCUGCAACGCCUUUUAACUGCUUCGGAGAAUAUACUAUAUAAUCAGAUUUUGUAUUUUAUUUGAUAUUAGGUUUUUACUUCACCACACUGUUUUGCUUUAAAUAGUGUCUUUUUUUAAAAUCUUGCCAUUCCAUUUUAUUGAGUUUUUAUAUCAAUAUAUUUGCCUUAGUAUUAUGUGCACUGAAUUGUACACUCAUUUAAGUUGUUUUUUUUAAUGAAGAAGUAAACGACUUUUUUUU